GGUCGUUUAGGUUGUAUUCUUGUUGUAAUUUUUAUUUUAUUUCUCAAAAAUUUUAAAACUGGUGACUGAAAUCUAAGAAAAAAUGGGUCGGUCGCCAAGUCCGCGGCGGCGUGAGGACAGAGAUCGUCACAGGGAAAGAAGAGAUCGGGACAGAGACCGUGACCGUAGAAGACGUACUAGGUCAAGAUCACGCUCUUUAGACCGCAGAAGACGGUCUCCAGACCGCCGUAGAUCCCCCUCACCACGCCGCCGCCGGUCCAGAUCAGCAUCACCAACCUCAAGUUCAUUCGUUCCAAAACCAAAGAAAACAUUCGAGAGACCUAUCAUAACUCCUGCAGACCUCGAAGGAAAGUCUCCUGAAGAGCAGGAGAUGCUAAAAGUCAUGGGUUUCUGCGGAUUCGAUACAACAAAAGGUAUAAUCUCUACAAUAGCAGUCCGUCCAAGCAGUUCUUCCAAAAAUAAAUACCUUGCUGCUGCCUAAACGUUGGCGUUCUUGAUCAAUAUUAACAGACAUCAUAAACCGAAACGGACACUGGCCCAAGGCUGGCUAAUAAGGAAAUGAUAAGUAAGAUAGAGUUUAAAGAUUUUACCGUACACUUAUAAAAACACAAAAUGUAAAUUUCAACCAUAGAUGCAUAUGAAGGCUCUCAGAACCCAAAGAUCGGCUCGAGGCAUCCACUGUACUUUCUCAAUUUUGUUAUGGGUACCUACAUGCGAUUUUCCCAUAAAAAUAAUGACAGGAUCGUAUUCAUUGAAAUUUAAGAUUGGUGGUAUAUUAAUUCUGUUGAAAAAGGGUUUUUAAUUUCCAAAGGCAACUGUAGAAUUAUUAUUAAAUCAACCAAUGUUGAAUUUCGCCGAGGGUAUCACAUCAAGAAAAUCACUUCGAGGCAAAGUAACAUUGUACGGUUACCACUUAUGAUAAGCCAAAUAAAAAUUCAAAUGUAUAAUACAAAA